GUCCUUUUGGUGUUGCCUUGCCUGAGCCUAGAGGGAGGAAUCACCAGGAAGGGGAUUGAGGACGCAGACCCGAGCACGUGCUGUUUUGGAAGAGUUGCGUAAGAGGGAAGAGGAGAGGAGCCCAAGCAGCAGAUUGCUUUGUAGAGGAGCACGGAGCAGCCGUAGCCAGGGCUGCCGUCUCUCCCUGCUGCUGGCAGAGCUCAGACAUGUCGGCUGGAUGAAGCGCACGCGUUGUGAUCUCCGCGGCGUUCCUGGGAGAGUCUCGGCUGAGAAGCCUCUGCUGUGAGACCCUGACGGCUCUUCCCGACAGCUCGGAGAGGCAAACGCCAGUGUGAGCUCUCGCCUGCGCCCCGCAGCACGAGGCACCUCCUCUUGCCGCCCAGAGAGUCCAGCGCGAGCACCGCAGGAGGAGCUUGGCUGAAUAAAAGGCAUGCUUCCUCACUCUCUCCCCUGUCCUCCAGCCUUCCUCUACCUCCAACAGGGCAACCAGGACGCCACGGCUCCACCUGACGCGAUGGCUCAGCCCUACCCCCCGGCCCAGUACCCCCCGCCCCCCCAGAACGGCAUCCCCGCAGAGUACGCGCCGCCGCACCCCCACCCCACGCAGGACUACUCGGGGCAAAGCACAGUACCGGAGCACGCCAUGACCCUCUACACACCAGCACAGAGCCACGCCGAGCAGCCGGGCACCGACGCCAGCACACAGUCCAUAGCAGGGACGCAGACGGUACCGCAGACAGACGAGGCGGCACAGACAGACAGCCAGCAGCUACAUUCCUCAGACAACACAGACAAGCAGCAGCCCAAGAGGUUACACGUCUCCAACAUCCCCUUCCGAUUCCGGGACCCCGACCUGCGGCAAAUGUUUGGGCAAUUCGGGAAGAUCCUUGACGUGGAGAUCAUUUUCAACGAGCGGGGCUCCAAGGGUUUUGGGUUUGUAACUUUUGAAACUAGCACAGAUGCCGACCGGGCACGAGAGAAGCUGAAUGGCACGAUCGUAGAGGGCCGGAAGAUUGAGGUGAACAACGCCACGGCCCGGGUCAUGACAAACAAGAAGGCUGCAAACCCCUACACCAACGGCUGGAAGCUGAACCCGGUGGUGGGAGCUGUCUACGGCCCCGAGUUCUACGCAGUAACGGGGUUCCCGUACCCUGCCACGGGGACGGCUGUGGCCUACCGAGGGGCGCACUUACGGGGCCGAGGACGCGCCGUCUACAACACGUUCCGGGCUGCGCCCCCGCCGCCGCCCAUCCCCACCUACGGCGCGGUCGUCUACCAGGACGGGUUCUACGGAGCUGAGAUCUACGGGGGCUAUGCCGCCUACAGAUACGCCCAGCCCGCAGCAGCAGCAGCAGCAUACAGCGACAGUUACGGCAGAGUGUACGCAGCUGCAGACCCGUACCACCACACCAUCGGCCCCGCCGCCACGUACAGCAUCGGCACCAUGGCUAGUCUAUACCGAGGAGGGUACAGCCGCUUCACUCCCUACUAGCAAGACAGACCCAGCCCCUCACAACACUAACACUGACUGCUCACUAGAAACCAAACCAAACCAGGCAGACUAAGCGAGGCUGAGCCUCCCGGAGGACCUGAGGGCCCCUGCCCGGGCGGGCUCUGCUCUCCGCUAGGUUUACCUCAAGCUGCUCCGUCCCGCCGCUCGGCCUCUGCUGCCCACCGCUUCCAUCCUGCCCGGCCCGGGCUCGGUGCUGCCUGGGGGGCGGCAGGGAGGGGGGACGGCGCCUCUGCCCCGCCGAGGGUGCCCGGAGCCUGGGCUCGCGGGGGUCCCCAGGCAGCUGCGCCCUGGCUCGUCCCCCCCCAGGGCAGGACGGGCAGCCCCGAGCUGGCCCCUCUGCACCCCGUAGGAGAGGCAGGAGGCAGUUGCUGCACGCUCCAGGGGGACGGGGCUGAGCCGGGGCGGGGGGGGGGGGACCCCGGGGAUGGCCCCCAGGGGCAGGAGCGAUGCCCUGGGGCCCAGCGUGGUGCCCUGCAACGCCGUGUGCUCCGCAGGCGGCAGGCGCUGAGUGGGGCGCGGGGCUGGGAACGUGUUCGCAGCCGCCCCAGCCAGCGGCUCCUGCACGGGUUGCUCCAGCGACAGCUCUGCCUUUCU